AUGCCCUUUGAUGUUUUAAUAUCAAACCAAAAAGAUAAUGCCAGUCACCAAAACAUUACGCCAAUAUCAAAAUCAGUUCUUUUGGCGCCUCAUUCAAACCAUCCAGUGAUUGAAAUAGCUACGUAUUCGGAAACUGAUGUAUACGAAUGCUAUAUACGUGGCUUUGAAACCAAAAUAGUGAUGAGAAGAACAAAGGAUGAUUGGAUUAACAUUACCCAGGUAUUCAAAAUUGCACAAUUUUCGAAGACGAAAAGAACUAAAAUACUGGAAAAGGAAUCAAAUGAUAUGCAACAUGAAAAAGUUCAAGGUGGGUACGGUAGGUUUCAAGGUACUUGGAUUCCAUUGGAUUCAGCGAAGUUUCUGGUCAAUAAGUACGAAAUAAUUGACCCUGUGGUCAACUCUAUCUUAACUUUUCAAUUUGAUCCGAACAACCCUCCACCAAAGAGAAGCAAAAAUAGUAUAUUGAGGAAGACUUCGCCAGGAACUAAAAUAACGUCUCCAUCAAGCUACAAUAAAACGCCGAGGAAAAAGAACAGUAAUUCAUCAACAUCAACUACAACUACAGCUGCAAAUAAGAAGGGCAAGAAAAAUGCAUCGAUAAACCAGCCAAAUCCGAGUCCUUUACAAAACCUUGUUUUCCAAACCCCUCAACAGUUUCAAGUAAAUUCAUCAAUAAAUAUAAUGAACAAUAAUGAUAACCACACCACGAUGAAUUUCAACAAUGACACAAGACACAAUUUAAUAAAUAAUAUUAGUAAUAACAACAGCAGCCAGUCUACUAUUAUUCAACAACAGAAAUCAAUUCAUGAAAAUUCUUUCAGUAAUAAUUAUUCAGCGACUCAAAAACCUCUUCAAUUCUUCCCUAUUCCCACAAAUUUACAAAACAAAAAUAUUACUCAGAAUAACACUAAUAAUAAUGAGAGUAACAGUUAUAGUCAUAACAUCGAUAAUGUCAUUAACAGCAAUAGUAAUAACAAUAAUAACUUGAUCAUUGUUCCAGACGGACCUAUGCAAAGCCAACAACAUCAUGAAUAUAUGACAAAUAACUUCAAUCAUUCUAUGAUGGACUCCACUACAAAUGGUAAUAGUAAAAAAAGGAGGAAAAAACUGAACCAAUCUAAUGAACAACAAUUUUACAACCAGCAAGAAAAAAUACAAAGGCAUUUCAAGCUAAUGAAGCAGCCCUUACUGUGGCAAUCAUUUCAAAAUACAAAUGAUCACCAUAAUGAGUACUGUGACAGCAAUGGCAGCAACAAUAAUAACAACACCGUGGCAUCCAAUGGCUCCUCCAUUGAGGUAUUUUCAUCAAAUGAAAAUGACAAUAGUAUGAAUAUGUCUUCGCGAUCUAUGACGCCGUUCAGCGCAGGAAACAAUUCGUCUCAAAACAAGUUGGGAAACAAAAUGACCGACCAAGAAUACAAGCAGACAAUAUUAACUAUACUGUCAUCGGAAAGAUCUUCUGAUGUUGAUCAAGCGUUGUUAGCUACAUUAUACCCGGCGCCCAAAAAUUUCAACAUAAAUUUUGAAAUUGAUGACCAAGGCCACACUCCAUUACACUGGGCUACGGCUAUGGCGAAUAUUCCUUUGAUAAAAAUGCUAAUUACUUUAAACGCUAAUGCAUUACAAUGUAAUAAGCUCGGUUUUAAUUGCAUCACAAAAUCAAUUUUCUACAACAAUUGUUAUAAGGAGAACGCUUUUGAUGAAAUAAUAUCCAUCCUGAAAAUAUGUCUUAUAACUCCGGACGUAAAUGGAAGAUUGCCAUUUCAUUAUCUAAUUGAACUGAGCGUUAAUAAGUCCAAAAAUCCAAUGAUAAUAAAAUCCUAUAUGGAUUCGAUAAUAUUAAGCUUAGGUCAGCAGGACUACAAUCUACUGAAGAUAUGUUUGAAUUAUCAAGAUAAUAUAGGGAAUACUCCUCUGCAUCUAUCCGCUUUAAACUUGAACUUUGAAGUUUAUAACAGGUUAGUAUAUCUCGGGGCGUCAACCGAUAUAUUGAAUUUAGAUAACGAGUCACCUGCGUCAAUAAUGAAUAAGUUUAAUACUCCAGCCGACGGGUCAAACAUUAACGAAACCAAGACGGAUCAAAAAUUACUUCGAAAUAUUCCUAAAAAGCAUCGUUACCAGCAACAACAACAGCAACGACAAAGUAAUGUCAAAAUUCCAAAAAUUAUAAAAACUCAACACCAUGACAAAGAAGAUUCUACUCCAGAUAUUAAUUUAGCUAAACCAGAUUCGGAAGUAAACGAAAGUCAAUAUCUGCAUUCCAACCAACCAAAUUCUACAAAUAUGAACACUAUAAUGGAUGAUUUGUCGACUAUCAAUUCCUUUGUGACGUCGUCUGUUAUUAAAGAUAUAAAGUCUACGCCGUCCAAAAUUCUUGAAAACUCACCCAUUUUAUAUAGAAGAAGAUCGCAGUCAAUACCAGAUGACAAAGAAAAGGAGAAGGAUCAUGAGAAUCAAGGUGAAAAGAAACGAGAUCCCUUAACUAGCGUGAAACCUACCAUGCCAUUAUUGGAAUCACCCUCUACACUAUUACCGAUUCAGACGUCACCAUUGAGAAAGUAUUCAAAACCGCUUUCACAGCAGAUUGACACAUUAAAUACAAAAGUUUCUUCAUUACAAAAACUGAUGGGUGAAGAAAUCAAAAAUCUGGACAAUGAGAUAAUUGAAACGGAAUCCUCUAUUUCUAACACUAAGAAGAGAUCAAUUACAAUAGCGCAUCAAAUAGAGAACGCUUUUGAUUCCGUAUCGAACAAAACUCCAAUAAAUUCGAUAUCAGAUUUACAAUCAAGAAUUAAAGAAACUUCUUCAAAGUUAAAUUCUGAAAAGCAAAAUUUUAUUCAGAGCUUGGAAAAGUCACAGGCCUUGAAACUGGCGACAAUUGUCCAGGAUGAGGAGUCAAAGGUCGAUAUAGAUCCCAGCUCAAGAUUGCAUCCAGGAAAGCAUGAAGACGUAGAACCAACUGCAACGUUGAAGUCAGAAACUUCUUCACCUAAGAGUGCUAAAGCAGACACUAUAUUAUCUACUGAUGCGCAAGAUUCAUAUGAUAUAAAUGAGACGUUGAGGCUAGCCACUGAAUUAACUAUUUUACAGUUUAAAAGGAGGAUGACAGCAUUAAAAAUAAGCGAGGCAAGAAGCAAAAUUAAUUCAUCAGUAAAGUUAGAUAAAUACAGAAACUUAAUUGGUAUCACCAUUGAGAACAUUGAUUCAAAGCUGGAUGAUAUUGAAAAGGAUUUGAGGGCAAAUGCAUAA